AUGGCAGCGACACUGCGCGUAGUCGACAGCGACGACGAAGAACAUGACAGCUUGCGCUCGUAUGAGCCGAUCGACCUGCUUCAAGAUGCUGGAGUCAAACCAACAGACAUCGCCAAGCUCAAGAACGACGGCUUCGCAACCAUCGGGCAGCUUUUCCAAGUGUCCCAUAAAAGGCUAUUAGACGUGAAGGGGAUUAGCGAAGCCAAGAGAGUCAAGCUCCUUCAAGCAGGCAAAAAGAUUAUGCCCGAAAAGAGCGGAUUUGUGUCGGCCAGCGCACUUUAUCAACAGAGUCAAAGCAGAAUCUUUAUCACCACUGGAUCACAGCGGCUAGAUCAAAUUCUUGGGGGAGGUGUGGAAACAAUGUCCGUAACAGAGGUACACGGAGAAUUCCGAACAGGCAAAACCCAAUUGUGCCACACUCUCUGUGUGACAGCGCAAUUACCUCGUUCUUGUGGUGGAGGGGCAGGGAAAGUUGCCUUCAUCGAUACCGAGGGAACUUUUCGACCGAACCGCGUCGCUGAAAUCGCCAAAGAAAGAUACAAUCUGGACCCAGUCGAUGUCCUUGACAACAUCAUCGUGGCUAGAGCUCAUAGUCACGAUGCUCAGAUGGCCUUCGUGAUCAAGCUUGGCGUUAUGUUCGCGGACCCUGACCAAGGACCAUUUCGCCUGCUGAUCAUCGAUUCAGUGACCGCGUUAUUUCGCACGGACUUCUCUGGGAGAGGCGAACUCAGUGAAAGACAACAGCGGCUGAAUCAACAUCUUGUUCGGCUUGUAAAACACGCAGAGGAAUUCAAUAUUGCGGUUCUUUUGGUCAACCAAAUGAUGGCAGAUCCCGGAGCAAAUGCUCUGUUUGGCUCAGAGAUGAAGCCUGUUGGAGGUCAUGUGAUGUCGCACGGAGUUCACACGCGUGUGCUGAUGAAGAAAGGGCGGGCUGAAAAUCGCUUCUGCAAGAUCAUCGACAGUCCGUGGAUGCCCGAAGCCGAGUGCUCUAUUCAGCUUUAUGCAGGCGGGGUGACGGAUUCGGACGAAUGA